AUGCCCUCCCUCACAGUAGCAGUCGCCCAAUCCCGUACCCACGAAUCCCUGUCCGCAACGCUCCGUGCCCUCGAAAGAACAAGCGCCCUCGCCGCCCGCCGCGGCGUCCACCUUCUCCUCUUCCCAGAAGCCUAUCUAGGCGGAUACCCGCGGAGCUGCACCUUCGGCUUAGCAGUGGGAAGUCGAUACCCACGCGGCCGGGACCAAUUCCUCGCGUACUUCAAGGCAGCCGUUGAUCUUGGCGAUACGCCGGCCGGUGCCGGGAAUGAGUGGAUUAGCCGUAGGCUGGAGAUUGCAGAGGGGAAGAGGUUCCGGGGAGACGGGACGAGGGAGUUCCUUGAGCGUGUUGCGAGGGAGACGGGGGUGUUUAUCGUUACGGGGUUGGUGGAGAGAGCGGGAGGUAGUUUGUAUUGUGCUGUUGUUUAUGUUGAUCCUGUUAGAGGGGUUCUGGGGAAGAGGAGGAAGGUAAUGCCGACGGCAGCUGAACGCAUGAUCUGGGCACAGGGUUCCCCCUCAACCCUCCGUGCCGUCACAACAACCCUAAACGGUAUCCCACUAACAAUAGGAUCGGCAAUCCGCUGGGAGAACUAUAUGCCGCUCCUACGUCAGAGUCUGUACUCCCAGAACGUCAAUAUCUAUCUCGCUCCCACAGCCGACGCCCGCGAAACCUGGCUCCCGCUCAUGCGCACCGUCGGCAUAGAAGGCCGAUGCUUCGUGCUCUCGGCGAACCAGUGCGUGCGACCCUCCGAGCUGCCGGAGUGGGUUACCGAGAAUAUCUGUGGAAGUCCGAACCGGAAUUCAAACCCAAGCAUACAGACAACUUCAAAUCCGGAUACUCCUGGCAAAUCACAAAGCCAGGAAAGAAAACUGUCGGUCACUGCUGAGGGUCCGCAUGAGAUUGUCUGGCCGCAGAGUCACGGUGAGGCUCAGGGUGAGACCCAAGGUCAGGGUCAGGGUCAGGGUCAGGCGGAGAAUCCCUCUACGAGGGAUACUAAGCAGUCCCUGGCUACGGACUCGGGAUUGCAAUUGGAUUACGUCUGUCGUGGUGGAAGUUGUAUCGUCUCGCCGCUUGGAGAGGUUCUUGUUGGUCCGCUGUGGGAAGUCUGUACAGAUGACAUGCCGGACAGUAGCGAUGCUGCUGUGACUGAUUCCGCGCCUGGUCUGUCAGCUACCGAGACCAGUCCUGCUGUGGCGGCGGGUGAUGGGUUGGCUAUUGCGUGCAUUGAUAUGGAUGACUGUGAGCGUGGACGACUCGAUCUUGAUGUUGCUGAGAGUUAUUCACGGAGUGAUGCGUUUAGAUUGGAGGUUGAGGGGUUGGAUCUGACACCGCCGCCUUUGUAG